AUUUAGGUACAGUACUUACGUAUAUGUAGUCGACCCCGCCAUCCCACUUGACGCGUCUUCCUACGGGCCUAAACUUCGCUUCAACUUCAACUAUUCAACUAACAGGUAGUCCUUAACUAAAGCGCAUAUUCAAGCGCAUGGGGGAAAGCGAUUUCUUCUUCUUCCAAUGUUCAACAUAUGAUGAGUUGAUUCAUUCAAUAUUAUCAUGGGCCUUCCCUUAAGAAUGGACAACAUUCACGCACCUACCGUUCCUGCGGGACCCUCGUCCCGGCCGCUAGCAAAUGGAAAUGCAAAGCAUCUCUCAUUUGCUGAACUUCAGGCUAAGAAAGACGAUAUGGAAGCCGAAUUAAAAGCCCUGAGUGGCGUUCUUGACUCGCAUGGUGUCAAUAUGGAAACGCCUUUGACCACGGCCGAUGGGUUUCCUCGGGCAGAUAUUGACGUCGCGCAAAUACGCACCACCCGAGCUCAAAUCAUCCACCUAAAAAACGACUACAAAGACCUCCUCAAUACCUUAGAGAAAUACCUCCAUGAACAUUUUGCGAGCAUACAAGAUGCUGAUGAUGUUGCGCCUGCUUCAGCAAACCGUACCGAGAUGUUAGGCGACUCGAUCCCGGCAACUCUGGAGGAACCUUUUGCGAAGGUGAAUAGCGUUGUUGCAGGCAGCCCGGCAGAGUCAGCCGGCUUGAAACCCGGAGAUGAAAUUCGAAAUUUCGGCUACGUUAAUAGGGGAAACCAUGAUGGCCUCAAGAAAGUCGCAGAGUGCGUCCAAGGAAAUGAAGGCCAAAGGAUUCUUGUUAAGGUAACCCGCCGAAUAGAAUCCAACCAAAAGCAAGAGCUACAGCUGAAUUUAACCCCACGACGGAAUUGGGGAGGAAGAGGCCUUUUGGGAUGCCAUAUCCUACCGCUAUAGGUAGUUUUAAUGGUCUGAUUAUACCAAGCGGUAUCAAACUAUUGAUUCUAUUCUAGAUGCGAACAUCUCCGUAUGUUGCAAUAGGCUGCUAUUUCCUCCCCCAUUGAAUGGAGACAGCAUCACGCGAGGCAAAGGCGUUUUAACCUGAUGAAUAAAACAAAUAGUAUUGAUAAUCAUUGGUCUUUUCUACCUAGGUAAUUGGUAAUAAUUUAGAUGUGGCUAUGUAUUCGUACGGCACGACUAGGCAGCUUUGAAACCCGAACCAGUUUAUAUAGGAGACAAUCAUGCCAGCAGACAUCCAACGGACAUACGAGAUGCUAUUUAACGUUUGGCUAGCCUAAACGCUGCCCAGCCUCCUUCGCAACAGGGCUGUUGACACAAAAGGCAUUGGGCUCGCCGUGUUACCAAUAAAUGUCCGGCGAGUUUGCCGCAGCUCCCUUGCUAGUUGCCUAAUGCCCACGCCCAAAAUGAGUCUAGCGCCUUC